AGCUAGGCGCCCGCUCGAACCACCACCCACCAACCAAGCACCAGACCUCGCCAGAUAAUCAGAGAGGAGUCUCGCCGCCGGCGACGGCCGCCCGCACAUGCCGAUCUCUGCCGGCAUCCGCGCGCCGCCGCAAGGGGCGGCCGUGCACGUCCCCGGGAGCCGGCUCCUCCGCGUCCCCGUUCCUCAACUGGCGGCGGGCGGCGUCCGGCGCAGGAGGCUCGGGGUCGUGGUGGCGGCGGCCUCCUCCGCGGCGUCACCCGACGAGCUCCACGCGCGCGGGAGGCAUCUCCACGGUUUCCCCGAGAAAUCUUUACUUUGGAACUUGAUAAAAGAUGUAGAACCUUUGGAUCUAAGUGUAGUCCAGAGAGAUGUUCCUCCUGAAACUGUGGAUGCAAUGAAGAGGACUGUUUCGGGCAUGUUGGGUCUCCUUCCGUCUGAUCAGUUCCGUGUUGUCGUGGAGGCCCUUUGGGAUCCCUUCUUCAAGUUGGUGAUAUCUUCAAUAAAGACAGGGUACACUCUGUCUAAUGCUGAAUACAGGCUCUCCCUUGAAAGAAUCCUAGAGUUGUCUGAUGAUGAAACUGAGUGCAAGGAAAGAGAUAGCACUGAAUAUAGUCACAGUGACCUCGGUUUGGGAGGAUCUAUUUUGAGAUUAUCAGAAGACGAUGAAGCGACUAAUGAAUCAGAAAAGAGGGAUGACAAUUUAUUAUCGGAAAAUAUGGGUGGAUUAGAUAGCUUAAACGCUCAAGCAAAAGAACAUAUUCUCCAAUUGCAGUCUCGCUUGGAUUCUAUGGAAAGGGAGCUACAUGAACUCAAGAAGAAAAAUUCUUCCUUGCAAAUGCAACAGUUUGCUGGAGAAGAAAAAAAUGAGUUACUUGACUACUUGAGAUCAUUAUCACCUGACACGGUUAUCGAACUCUCGGAACCUUCCUGCCCUGGUGUGCAGGAAGCUAUUCAUUCCGUGGUACAUGGUCUUCUAGCAACUCUCUCCCCCAAAAUGCAUGCAAAGCCCCCUCCACCAUCAGAGAACAUGGCUGGUGGAACCCUGAAUUUCGGGAAUGGGGAUGAUGACCGUGCUGAACUCGUGGAGGAUGUAUCGCUCCCAUUUCAGCCCCUCAUAUCUAUUCCCCGGGAUCAUCUUGCGCGUCUAUUAUUCUGGUGUAUGCUGCUGGGCCACUACAUCCGAGGCCUCGAGCGCCGGUUAGAGCUUUCGCAGCUCCUGGAAAUGUCAAGUGACACAAGGUUGUGAUUCCCAUGGUGACAAUGGCCAUGCUUAGGCAUCAUGAAGCUUUGCCAGUGGGUUGUCAUCACCCAAAACAGAAACGUUCUGGUUGUUCCCUAUCAUCUGUGACCGUGUACACAGGAAAGAGAAGGUCCGCGGACCAGGGUAUGUGGUCUCCUAUUCGCUGUCGCCACAAAAGCUCGAAAUGGCUGAGUUGCCUGCGGAGUAGCGGGUAGUACCUGCGAAGUUACCAGGUGGUUGUUUCUUUUCGCUUCCUCGUGGAUCGUGCUGUGCAUAUGUUCUGGUAGUGUAGUAAUCAACCUUUGCGACUCUUUUGUCAUCUGUAAAGUCUGGUUAUCUAUAUGUAUAAUUCUGUGAUUGUAUCAUAGUUGAACCGCAUUGAUCUAACUAUCUAAGGCCCUUGUUAUUUGUGUCAA